UCUUCGAUUCAGUUUUCUCUCUUUUUCUCUCCCCGUUUCUUCACCAUUUUUGAUUGAUUUCUCUCGUAUUUUUUUUCUGGUCAAGCAGUUUGGUCACCCUAACCGUAAUACACACCAGCGUCAUUUCCAUGGCAACGGCUUGUAGUUUAACAUGUAAACAGAGAGUGAAGAGUCUCAAUUGUUUUACAAAUCGCGAUUUAUCCGUAUAUCAUUCUUUAAAAAGGAAUUCAAAUUGAUUUCUUUCAACGAAUAUGUCAGAGGAAGAACAAUUCUAUCUUUCCGUUACUGGUUCUCUCGAGCAUGCAGAGUUCUACGAUGUCAAUAACGCUUAUUGCAAGUAUAGCUUCCAUUUUGGACCAAACUGGAGCGUCGUUGCGGGAAUCGAAGAAGGACUGACACAAAUGUGUAAAUGCAGCAAUGAUCCGAGAAAUCUCAUCGUUUGGAAUUUUCCAUUAGAUAUUACGUUUAAGAGUACAAAUCCACAUGGAUGGCCGCAGCUUAUCAUGUCAAUUUAUGGCCUAGAUAUUUUUGGUCAUGAUGUUAUUAGAGGAUAUGGAGUGUGUCAUUUGCCUCUGAGAACGGGACAUCAUGAGAAAAGGGUCUCAAUCUACGUACCGGAAUCGUCAUCCAUGCUGCAGCAGUUCGUGGAGUGGUUAACCGGCAGAAGACCGGAAUUAAUUGAUCCCGCCAUAUUGGCAACCGGCGGCGGCAGAGAACUCACACGUAUGAGAGUUGUGGGAGCUGUUACCGUAAUGUUCAACGUCGUUUUGAAGGAUUUAUUCAAGUUGGGUUACGACAAUGGCGAGAAAUGGAAGAAAUGAUAACGUGACCAUAAAUUCCCUCAGCCUGAAAAGGAUUACCUCGUCAAGGGGAUUAUCUUUUAUCAGAGAGCUACAAUAAUGUAACCGUAUUUUAUAAAUAAUAAAUUCUAAUGAAUAAACGAGAUGUGAUUUUUCCG